UAACACUAGAGGGUCUGGACUCUGGAGCAGAGUCAACUGAUUGACAAAAAGAAAGUUAUCACGAAGAUGCAAAUAUAAAUACGAGGCAAAAUUCACUUACAAUUUUGUCACCAAAGAAGCAAAGAAAGAGAGCAGACAUCCUUUUUGGUUAUUUCCCUUAUCUUUGUCAGAUACUCAGUUGUAAUGUAUAUUCGUGUACCAAUAUAGUAUUAUGCUUUGAGAUCCCUAUAGGCAACAAACUUCUUUUUUCUUCUUUUCUAGUUGAGAAUAGAAAGAAAAAGGGAAAGAGAUUGAGUUGACGGAUUGGGAAGAGACUAGAAAGAAUAAAUUGAAAAGGGGAUCUACAGUGUCUAUGGGUACUGCGACAGAGCAAACCUCUGUUGAUUGGAGAGGAAGACCUUGCAAACCCAACAAACAUGGUGGCAUGGCUGCUGCUAUCAUUGUUUUAUGCCUUCAGGCAUUCGAAAUGAUGGCGAUUGCAGCUGUUGGAAAUAAUCUUAUAACCUACGUCUUCAAUGAGAUGCACUUCCCGCUCUCAAAGUCAGCAAACAUAGUCACAAAUUUCAUUGGAACUGUUUUCCUACUUUCCCUUUUUGGUGGCUUUCUCUCUGAUUCUUAUCUUGGGAGCUUCUGGACUAUGUUGAUUUUUGGCUUUGUAGAGCUCUCUGGGUUUAUUCUAUUGGCAGUGCAAGCACAUGUUCUACCGCUAAGGCCACCAAAGUGUGACAUGAUGUUGAGCAAAGGGCAGUGCUUAGAAGCAAAGGGAUACAAGGCUAUGAUCUUCUUUGUGGCACUCUACUUGGUUGCUUUAGGCAGUGGCUGUUUAAAACCGAAUAUAAUCUCACACGGGGCUGACCAAUUCAAGAAACAUGAUUCCAAGCAAUCCAAGAAGCUCUCUACUUACUUCAACUUUGCCUAUUUUGCCUUCUGUGCUGGCGAGCUUGUGGCUCUAACACUACUUGUUUGGCUGCAAACUCAUUACGGAAUGGACCUUGGAUUCGGUGUUUCUGCUGUUGCCAUGGUCAUCGGAUUGAUUAGUUUGCUUUCUGGAACACUUCUUUAUAGGAACACACCACCUCGAGGAUCUAUAUUCACACCAAUUGCCCAAGUUUUUGUGGCUGCAAUCACAAAAAGAAAGCAGAUCUGUCCUUCAAAUCUGGACAUGCUUCAUGGAAGCCAAUGCAUUGUGCCCCAGCAUGCUCUUUCUGGCAUGUCAUCCAAAGGCGGUACUCUCAUCCAUACGGAUAAGUUCAGGUUCUUAGACAAGGCGUGCAUCAAAAUACAAAACGGAAUUAGUACAAGUGAAAGCCCCUGGAGAUUAUGCACAGUAUCCCAAGUGGAGCAAGUAAAAAUACUAAUAUCAGUUGUUCCCAUCUUUGCUUGCACUAUAAUCUUCAACACAAUCCUAGCUCAGCUCCAAACCUUCUCAGUCCAACAAGGAACUACCAUGAACACACGCCUUGCCCACAACUUCAAGAUCCCUCCAGCUUCCCUUCAGUCCAUACCUUAUAUCAUGCUUAUAUUUUUGGUCCCUCUCUAUGAAAUUGCAUUUGUCCCUGUGACCCGAAAAUUCACAGGCAAAGAUUCAGGGAUCACACCUCUACAAAGAGUUGGCAUUGGCCUUUUCAUUGCAACAUUCUCCAUGGUUUGCGCUGCUCUAGUCGAGAACAAGAGAAGAGAUUAUGCUUUGAACCAGAACAGGACACUCUCCAUUUUCUGGAUAGCUCCACAGUUCCUUAUUUUCGGACUUUCGGAGAUGUUCACUGCAGUGGGACUCAUUGAGUUCUUCUACAAACAAUCAUUGGAAGGGAUGCAGUCUUUCUUGACUGCCAUGACCUAUUGUUCCUAUUCAUUUGGAUUUUAUUUGAGCUCCUUAUUAGUUUCGUUGGUUAACAGAAUAACUUCUUCAUCAGGGGGAGGUGGAUGGCUAAAUGACAAUGACCUCAACAAGGAUAGGCUAGAUCUUUUCUAUUGGCUAUUGGCUGCUCUUAGCAUCAUCAACUUCAUUAAUUAUCUUUUCUUCUCCAGAUGGUAUUCUUAUAAUCCAUCUCUGUUACCUGUUGUUCCACUACAUGAGCUACAAGCACAAGAACAUGACCCUGAGAACCAAAAUUUCAACUUUUCGUGAAUUGUAUGGAAUUGGGGAUAAAGCUACUAACUAUAAUUAUAGCACAAUAGAAAUUCAAUGAAUAGAAUUAUAUGCUGAUAAGUACAUCGAUCUUUGCUUCUCUCCUUUAUUUCUUCUGAAUUAUCUUGUGUAUUUCAAUGGAUGCCAUAGAUUGAUUGUUUAUGCUUCUAGUGACUCUGUAAGUUUGACCAUGUUAAAUUACAAGAUUCAACGCACCGUCAAUUGUGUGUCAAAA